UAGAGCACUUUCUCUUUGCAUUCAUGAGAUUGCUUAGCCGCGCUUUGGAGAGGUUUGCAUCAGCUCCAAGUCCAUCUGACGAGAGGCUCCCUGGAGGAGGUUCUGCACUCGGAGGAGGAGCCAGGGUAGCCCCUGGGAGCGGGGACACAAUCCUCCAGGAUAAGAGGCAUUGCUGGGGAAGAACCGCAUCAGCCGGUUUGGCAGAAAGUUCCGGGAACAGCCUCAUGGAAGAGAAGCAGAUCCUGUGCGUGGGGCUAGUGGUGCUGGACGUCAUCAGUCUGGUGGACAAGUACCCUAAGGAAGACACGGAGAUAAGGUGCUUGUCCCAGAGAUGGCAGCGUGGAGGCAAUGCAUCCAACUCCUGCACAGUUCUCUCCCUGCUUGGAGCCCCUUGUGCCUUCAUGGGCUCACUGGCCCCUGGCCAUGUUGCCGAUUUUGUCCUGGAUGACCUCCGCCGCUAUUCUGUGGACCUACGCUACACAGUCUUUCAGACCACAGGCUUCGAACCCAUCUCCACAGUCAUCAUCAACAAGGCCAAUGGUAGCCGCACCAUCCUAUACUCCAGGAACCUGCCAGAUGUGUCUGCUAAGGACUUUGAGAAGGUUGAUCUGACCCGCUUCAAGUGGAUCCACUUUGAGGGCCGGAACGCAUCAGAACAGGUGAAGAUGCUGCAGCGGGUAGAACAGCACAAUGCCAGGCAGCCUCCAGAGCAGAAGAUCCGGGUGUCCGUGGAGAUAGAGAAGCCCCGAGAGGAGCUGUUCCAGCUGUUUAACUAUGGAGAUGUGGUGUUUGUCAGCAAAGACUUGGCCAAACACUUGGGAUUCCAUUCAGAGGAGGAAGCCCUGAGGGGCCUGUAUGGUCGUGUGAGGAAAGGGGCUGUGCUGGUCUGUGCCUGGGCUGAGGAGGGCGCCGGCGCCCUGGGCCCUGACGGCCAGUUGCUCCACUCCGAUGCUUUCCCGCCUCCCCGGGUGGUGGAUACUCUGGGGGCCGGAGACACCUUCAAUGCAUCCGUCAUCUUCAGCCUCUCCCAGGGGAAGAGCAUGCAGGAGGCCCUGAGGUUUGGCUGCCAGGUGGCCGGCAAGAAGUGUGGCCUGCAGGGCUUUGAUGGCAUUGUUUGAGAGCCUGUGGCAGCAGGCUGGUGUCACUGCUGCCGUGGCCCUCUCCCUUCCAUCCAGCCUGGCAUCCGGGCUGCCCUGCUCCUUGGGCAGACGCAAGCUGUGGAGAGGACUCUGCCUGUGUGUCUUGUGUCCCCCACACGUCUCACCCUACAGAGCCUCAGAACAAAUAAAUCUCCUUGCCAUGAGCCAGCUUUGUCUGGCAGUCUGUUCUUCCCUGAUGCCCUAAUUGCUUUGGUUGGGGAUUCCCGAGGCUUUGACACUACAGUCCUCCCUCUUUUCAUCCAUUCCCCAAAUUAAUCUUCCCACCCAGGCCAGAGGAGAGGCUGCCUAAGCCAGAGCAGCAGGAAGUGCCCCAAGCUUGCCACCAGCUCUGUCCUCAGAGUGAAGGAGGCUCAGCUCUUCCUGGUGAAGAGAAGCCACAGCACGUCCCUUUAGGUAGCUCUGCAGAAGUCUGUCAGAAAAGUGGAAAAUCAGCCCACGAGAGGCCAGUCUGCAGCCCAGGCCUGACCUACUCACUGAAGGCCCCCAGGCCAGCCCACUCACCGGAGCUGCUCCUGGCCUGGCUGGAAGGGGUUGGGCAGGAGGUGAUGCUGCACUUCAGGAUCCAGCCUGGAGGAGGGAGGGAAGGACCAGCCUUGCAAGGAGCUUCCCUGAGGGCCCAGCCUACCAGCCUACCACCCCCAAUCUCCUGGCAGAGUUCUCUCCCCAGACCCAAAGGGAGUUCCUCCCCCAAAUUCCCAAAAACCUUGCACGGAGGCCCUCUGGUCUCUUGGAAGCAGAACCUUACUCCUUCAGACUCUUUUUGUGCCUGUCUAACUUAGACUUUAAGUGAAAACCUAAAUAAAACAUCAGGUUGGGUAGAGGCCUCAUGAGGCCACACCUAGUAGACACAAUUUGGAGACCGAAGAAAACAGUCAGGCAAGUGGCAGGACAGUAUGGUUCAGGGCAACCCCUCUCCUUCAAUGCUGAGAGCCGAGGGGCGGGUCUCCGGCUGAGCCUGGCAGCACUGCCCGGUUUUAUACAAACCUAAUUUGCUCCAUGACAUAAAAUUGACUCUUACUUUUUCAAGCAGAGGGUAUAUAUGUUGGUUUGGGGUUUCAAUCUGCUCAGGGUCUCUUUGUCAGUCUUUAAAACUCAAAAUGUGCUCCCAGUUCUGGGCAGGGCUGCCUGUUUGCCCAAAUCAAUGCAGACCUGAGAUGCCGGCGAGCCAGCAGGAGUUGCCACAGCAACCGUUGUCACUGCUGCCAGCCCUUGUGGCUCUGCCUUGUCUGUCUCUCCUCCUUCCCAGCAUACCCGCUGCCCAGUUUUAAUAAAACCUCCAGAAAGGCAUUCAAGUAAAAUAGAAAUGAUA